UGGUAAUUAAUUCAUUAUAGUCAGUGAAUUGACCGUUGGAAGAUGAAGGGUUUCGCUUUUGUUUUGUUGUGCGUGCUCGUCGCCGUGCAGGGUCGCCACACUGGCGUCGAGAAGUCCGGCAGCGCUGCCGCCCUGGGUGAUAAUCCCUGGUUUGUGCACCUCCGCAUCGCCGUCUCCACCAGUGGCCUCCUGAACACCUGCGCUGGAUCCCUCAUCGGAAACAGAUGGGUGCUCACCGCUGCCAGCUGCAUCUCUGAUGCUCGUUUCAUCUGGGUCCGCUACGGCGUCGUCGACGUUAUCAGGCCUUCCCUGGUGACUGAGAACUCCCUGACUGUCAUCCACCCUGAGUACGAUGCCGCCUCUGGCAAGAACAACGUCGCCCUCAUCAACAUCAACAGAGAGGUCCUCAGCACUGACAACAUCUCUCCCGUCUCCUUGUCCGGAGUUGACGCCGAAUCUGGAUCCUUCUGCGCCUUCGGAGCUAGUGAUGGCAAGCCUGGUGAACAGCUGAACUGCUACGAAGCCGCCAUCUCUAAGGAUGAGGAUGGUUUCAGCGUUUCUGGCGACUUCGAGGUUUCUGAAUUCGACCUUGGAGCUCCAGUUGUGAGCGAAGGUGCUCAGGUCGCUCUUCUCACCGGAUCUGCUGGUUCCUUCACCGACAUCGGCAGCUACAUCGACUGGAUCGAGAGGUCGACUGGUGUCAGCUUCAACUCUGAAGCUGUCCCUGCUGAAGCCGUUCACUUCGUCUAAUAAGUCUCAACCACACCACAGCUCAACCGCUAAACGUGGUCCUUUGAUCCAACGUGGUCCUAAUUUGGUCCUUCGCUCCCUUGUAACCUGUUCCUAAAGAAAUGCCUAAAAAUAACUACCCCAACGGUCUGAUAACUGAAAUUUUGAGCUGUGUUCAUUAUUGUAAUAAAUAAUUUAACAAAUUCCA